UAUUUUAUUUUAUUUUAAAUCUUUUACAUUCUAAAACUCCUGUUCUCCUUCAUCUCCAAAUCCCUAGCUCUUCUUUCUCUCAAAAAUCGACAUCAGCCGAUCACGGCGACAGCCAUCGACCGAGAAACUAAGGAAUCCGCUCCGUGAAGCCGUGUCCGAGAAAACAAGGAAGCUGUCGUCUGCGUCGUCGCCUGAGAACACAGAGUGAACUCCGGUUUAUGUCUAGCGCAGCCGUCAAGCUUCAACAGAUCUUGAAAUAACUGGAAAGAAGCCUUUAGUCUCCAGUAGUUUAGGCUUGUGGAAACAAUGGGAAGCGCACCAGCACAAAUACCAACAAGUUUCGGCCACGAGCUUAGAGCUUGCUUGCGUUGCCGCCUUGUCAAAACUUACGAUCAGUUUAGAGAAUCGGGAUGUGAGAACUGCCCGUUCUUUAAGAUGGAUGAAGAUCACGAGCGUGUUGUUGAUUGUACUACUCCUAAUUUUAAUGGGAUAAUAUCAGUCAUGGAUCCUACUAGAAGUUGGGCUGCUCGCUGGUUGCGAAUUGGAAGAUUUGUCCCUGGUUGCUACACUCUUGCUGUCUCAGAGGCACUCCCAGAGGACUUGCAGAACUUAUGUGAAGAUGAGCGUAUCCAAUAUGUUCCUCCAAAACGUGUAUGAUUGAGAAUUUGACGAUUGGUUUUCUGUAAUGUUAAAAUUUUCUGGAGUAUAAUCUAAUGAACGAAUAUGCCUCUGGAACAACUAAUGCAGUGUCAAAUUCUCUGUGAUAUCUUGGUGUGGGAAUUUUGAA